CAGACUCAGUAUGAAUGCAGCCUCCCGUAGGUGGGCGGGCUUGGUUUUAAAAGCCGGGCCACCUGCACCCUGUUUAUUUCUGUCUCUUCUCUCCCAGCUCCUGUACGUUAUUUGCGAUUCACUAUUGACUGUUUCUCAGUCUCAGGACUUCUAUUCACGACAGUUAUUGUUUUAUCGGCAAAGUGGGGAGUCGGGACAGCAUGGAUCACGAAACAUCCCACUUGCCGACAUGGCAGGACAACAAAACCACGAGCGAAAAGGCUGGCUUCGCUGGAGAUGAUGAAUCAUCGGCUCUUUUAAACGACAAGACGAAGAAUCAACAAACGAUGCAGCUGCGACAAAUCUUUGCCAAUCGCCUCAUGCCCGUUGCAUUCGCUCUUCCGUGGGUGAUGGGAAUGUUGAUUUCGUGGAUCCCAUUUACCAAGAUCUCUCUUUACAACGCCCCCGAUUUCCUUAUUCUCGCGGCUCUUAUCAGCACCCUCGAAGUCCUCAGCAUCGUCGCAGUCUUUAUCUUCACAUCCCUCCGCCCCUCAACGCUCGAAACCGAACCUAGUCCCAGCACGACUCUCAAAGAGAAAUUCUUCCGCGCCUGGUUCUGGUUUUUGUUCAUCAGCCCUUUCAUUACUGGAACAAUGGUUGUUCUGAUGGCGAGCGACAUUUCAUGCGAUCCGGAAGAUGAUCUGGACAUGCAUCAACCAAUUUGCCAAGUUGGCAUUCGGCUAAUUAAAGCGACUGCUUUAUGUCGCGCUGGAAUUAUUGCGACAUUUCUCUUUGCUACAUCUUCAUAUCUAGAACAACGACCUACGAAGCGCUGCACCGACUCGGACUCUGCAUGAUGUUUUGGAAAAAUCUAUGGCGUCAUGAUCUUUGUACAACGAUACCCCAGAAAGCAUAAAAUACAUUAAAGUAAAACCCAAC